CUUGCCAAACGUCAAAUCGUUUCGCUGCGUACGGUCGUUGAUGUUCGCGUCGCCAGUUCGUGUUAUUUCGUAAGCCAGUGCAGCUAUCUUACGGUUAAAAUUAAAGUGACAGUAAAAUAGGGCGUUGUGUGUUCAGUGAUAUUUAUACAAAUAAAUAACACAAGAAAAUGUCUUCUUUCAACACCGACAUAUCAUCUAAAUUGGAGAACAGCAGGAACACCCUGCGCAAAAUUGCCCGUAAUGACAAUACAGAGUUCUCAAAGCAGAGCAUCCUUAACGACAUGGAGAAGUUUGUGAAAAUGGUCAACACUAUGGAUGAGACCGUACUAGUUCCCAGCCGCCUGAUGAACCUGCCACAGGAGGGAGACGAUGAUCCGUUCAGCAUGUUCGCUAUGCUGAAUGAUUUGAAGACUGAGUUACUAUGGGCCGGUGAUUCUGGUGAACCUGAAGAGCGUAUCGGAGAGCGUGGUAGGCGAGUGUCUGAUUUGAGUGAUACCGAGAGUGACGCAUCGAGUGCAGCUGGCGAUUCUGGGAUUGAAGGAGAGGAUGAGCGGGAGUCUGCAGUACGGGCGGCCGCUGCCUGCAGACGCCAUCUUAGGGGGCUCCGCCAUUCCCUCCGCACUCUAACAGCCGCCGCUGACCAUCUCACCAGAUCAUAUCAGGAAGAAGUCGGCGCUCCAAUCUAGGAAACACCCCACCCUCACCCUGUGAUCAAAGCCUGCCCCGCACGCGGUGUACAUAUAGAAUAAGCGGCCCGCUCUGUACAUAUAGGUUAUUAGGGCUGAACGUGUAUGGGAAUCUCAGUAAGUUAACGAGGUUAUUAUUUAAUAAACUUAAUUUUCAAC